AUGUGCCCUAUGUGUAAGAAUCAAUCGGAAACAGUCCAACACUGUCUGUUUGAAUGCACCGUGGCAAGGGAGACUUGGAAUCUUAUGUGCCAACAUGUUAACAGAAAUGCAACCAUUCACAACAUAUACAACAACAUUGUACUACCACCACACCCGAUACCAAAUACCAUCUGCCAGCAAGCACAGAGAAUAGCACCAAUCCAAUAUCAGAGAAGAGAUACACCAUCAGCAAUUGCAAGACAACCACCACCGAAUUUCGAAGACUUUCUGAAAAUGCAGGAACACAAGGAGGAUUUCACGUUAUGCUGCUACAUAAUUUGGAAUAUUUGGCUGGCCAGAAAUGGAAAGGUAUACCAAAACCAAGUGCAGACACCACAACAGACCUUCCAUAUAUCGUUACUGCUAAGCCAAGAAUACUGGUGGGCCACAAAACACAAUUUAUUCACACCGGAGGCAAAUGGACAACAACUGGAAAGAACAAAACCAAUUAAAUGGAUCAAAUGGGAGGCACCAACAAAUCAAUGGCUGAAAAUCAACACGGAUGGAGCUACAAAGAUGGAUGGGAUCGGUACACCGGAAGUAGCUGGAGCAGGAUGGAUAUGCAGAGACGACAGGGGUUCAGUCAUCAUGGCAAUGGCAACACCGAUUGGCAAAACUUCAGCAAUAAUAGCGGAGACAUGGGCUAUGCUGCUAGCCACGAGAAUGGAAAUAACAAAAGAAUGGCAAUAUGUCCAUUUCGAAACAGACUCGACAUCUCUGUUGGCGUUGAUCUCGAAGGAACAGUCCGAAGCACCUUGGAUCAUUCAAAACAUGCUGCACGAAAUACGACAAAAUCUGCAAUAA